AUGUUACUAAAAUCACAUACCGAAGCGGACAACGACGCGGCGAUACAGAUAGUUCAGAAAAAGCCCAAGCGUAAAUGGAUCAGCUACAUUUGGGAUACCUUUGACAAGUCACCAGAGGAGCGUCAUUUGCUUUUCAAACUAGAUUCGGCCAUCUUGACGUUCGCAUCUUUAGGAUAUUUUAUCAAGUAUUUGGAUCAGAUCAAUAUCAACAAUGCAUUUGUGUCUGGAAUGAAGGAAGAUUUGGGCAUGUACGGCAACGAACUCAACUACAUGCAGACAUGCUGGACUAUCGGCUACGUUAUUGGAGAAAUUCCCAGCAAUAUACUCCUAACUCGUAUCAAGCCGCGAUAUUGGAUUCCGGCUAUGGAGCUUCUCUGGACGGUUCUCACAAUGUCGUUAUCCCGGUGUAACACCCCUACUCAGUUCUAUGUUCUUAGAUUUUUCGUUGGGCUCGCUGAAAGUACUUUCUAUCCUGGAAUGCAGUAUAUCAUCGGCUCAUGGUACCGGAAAGAUGAGUUGGCCAAACGUUCAUGCAUCUUUCACACAAGUAGUGGAAUUGCUAGUAUGUUUUCUGGUUAUCUGAUGGACGCGGUUUUCCACCUCGGAGGACGAGGAGGCUUCAAGGGCUGGCAAUGGCUGUUUAUUAUUGAUGGGGUUAUUUCCCUGCCCGUGGCUAUUAGUGGAUUCUUUAUCCUUCCUGAUGUGCCUGAGAUCGCCAAUCCGUGGUAUCUAAGCAAAGAGGCAAACCAGGAGGUCAAUCUUGCCCAAACACGAAUGAAAUUAGAAGGAAGACAGAACAGAGAGCCAUACACAAGGUCAAAGCUGAAGAAAAUUUUCACCUCGUGGCACAUCUAUCUUUUGACCCUACUUUACAUAUGUUUUAACAAUGGUGCCGCUGGAAGUCAGCCUAUCUUCCAACAGUUCCUCAAAAACUCGAAGAAUCCUGUAUAUUCAAUCAGCCAGAUUAAUUCGAUACCAACCACCACCCCAGCGGUUCAAGUUGUGACAACCCUCGCUUAUGCGUGGAUAUCGGAUACUGUCCUGAACGGCAGGCGUUGGCCCCCGAUCAUCUUCGGUGCUUGCAUCAACAUCGUAAGUUACGUUUCUCUCGCCGUUUGGGACAUUCCGAUGGGAUGGAAAUGGACUUGUUACAUUAUCAGUGGGGCUGGAUAUGGACUCAGUGGUCUGUUAAUGGCCUGGGCACAUGAGAUAUGUUCUGAAGAUAACGAAGAGCGAUCCUUAGUUAUUGGAAGCAUGAACGAAAUGGCGUAUGUUUUCCAAGCCUGGCUGCCUCUUGUUGUAUGGCAGCAAGUCGAUGCGCCGGAAUACCCGAAGGGCUUUAUCACUGUCACCAUUCUGUCAGUUAUCUUGAUUAUUGGUACUUUUGGUGUUCGUUUCCUUCACAAAAGAGAGAAAUUGAGAAAAGGACAGACUAACGAGGGAGAGAAGAUGGAAACUAGCCUCUCAGAUUCACCAGGAAUGUCUUCCGUUAAUCCAAUUGAGACAAAGCCUAUUAAUAUAAAGUCUUCAGAUAGGUGA